AUCAAGGAGUGUAGCUCAGCUCCUUGCGUGAAAAUGACUCGUUUGUAUCUAAAUAUCGUCAACUUUGGUGUAUUGACCUAAAAGAUUUCUCAUAAAAGAAUACGUUUUGCAUAUAUUCAAAGCUGAUUUUAACGAGAAACGUUUCCUAAAUCCAACAUGGUAACAACCUGGGAUUACAAAGGCAUCGAGACUGUCUUGACAGAAGCACCAAACAGAGAGACUCAGAUUACAACUCUACUGAAUUUAUUUGGAAGCAGAAAUGAUGUAUCGUGUCCCUGUAUUUUUAUUUAUGGCCAUACAAGUACAGGAAAAUCGUGUGUGGUCAAAACAAUCAUGAAUUGCCUUCAGCUACCACAUGUGACUGUAAACUGCGUUGAAAACUUCACCUCAAAGUUGAUAUUUGAGCACAUACUUCACUCACUCCAAAACACUAAGAAUGAAGACUUUAGUCUUACACCAAGAUGUGAUAACAUGGUUGAAUUCAUCCGUCUUCUACAACAAGGAAUCAGAGAAAAAAACYUACAAGAUGAGACCUUUUACAUCAUUCUAGACAAAGCAGAAAGACUACGAGAAUUUGAAAUGAAUACUUUACCAGCUUUUCUUAGGCUUCAAGAACUCACAUCACUUAAUCUUUGUGUUGUGAUGCUAACUGAGAUAAUAUUAGAAAAGUUUUUCGUUGGAACUGGAUUUCCURUCCCUCAAGUUSUUCACUUUCCUGAUUACUCAAAGAGUGAGCUACAGCAAAUCAUGUGUCUUGAUUGCCCUAGUGAGCAUCCACCAUCAUUCUACUCAGCUUACUGCCAUCUAGUGUUAAGYGUGUUUUAUACAGUUUGUUGUGAUUUGAAGGAAUUACGUCAUCUGGCUGCAUUACAUUUCCCAAAGUAUUAUGAACCCAUUAGUGCAGGUGACGCUACAUAUAAUGAUAGUCACAAGCUAUGGCGCAAUAUAGGCCCACACCUGAAACRUGCCCUGAAUACUGUCUACUUGAGGGAGGUUUCCACUGAGCAAUGGGAGAACAUUUUAGCAAUGGAGUCUACUGUAGAUCCAGUCACAGGAUCAACUAAUGUUGCAAGUAUUCCUCAGCGAUCUCAUAUAGAGCUUCCAUUCUACUCCAAGUAUCUCCUUCUUGCAUCUUACAUGGCAUCCUACAAUCCAGCCAGGACAGACAAGAGAUUUUUUUCCAAGCAAGCACUAAAGAUGACUAAUAGAGGGAAAGCUGCAGCAAAGACAAAGAAAGGCAAAAUGACCAGCCAGCUUUCAGGACCAAAGGCAUUUCCAUUGGACAGAUUAAUGGCUAUAUUCUACACUAUCGUAGAAGACAAAGUAGCUCCGUCUGCAAGCAUCAUGUCACAAAUUUCGUCACUUGUCUCUCUAAACCUUCUUUCACAAGUGUCUGCAGAUGACCAGAUUGACUCUGCAAAAUAUAAAUGUUUAGUUAGUUUUGACUUUAUCAAGGGGAUUGCAAAGCAACUGGAGUUUGACAUUUUGCAAUAUCUGUUCGAUUUUGUUUGAGUAAAAUCUGUCAAUAAAUAUCAU